GGCGGGGCCUCCCAGGAGUACACCUUUUUGGGCUGCGGGCAGAGGCCGCUGUUUAGGAAGCCCAACGGGUGCGAGAGGAAUCCGUACGUGGCUGUUGUUUGGAGGCUGUGCGUUAGAAGUAUCCAUGGAGAACAGUGAACACUCCGUGGACGCAAAAUCCAUUAAAAAUUCAGAAACAAAGAUCUUACAUGGAAGCAAAUCAGUGGACUCUGGAAUGUCCUUGGACAACAGUUAUAAAAUGGAUUAUCCUGAAAUGGGUUUAUGUAUAAUAAUUAAUAAUAAGAACUUUCAUAGAAGUACUGGAAUGGCACCUCGGUCUGGUACAGAUGUAGAUGCAGCAAACCUCCGGGAAACAUUCACAAACUUGAAAUAUGAAGUCAGGAAUAAAAAUGAUCUCACAUGCGAAGAAAUUUUGGAAUUAAUGGACAGUGUCUCUAAAGAAGAUCAUAGCAAAAGGAGCAGUUUUGUUUGUGUACUUCUAAGCCAUGGGGAUGAAGGAAUAAUUUUUGGAACCAAUGGACCUGUUGACCUGAAAAAACUAACAGGUUUCUUCAGAGGGGAUUACUGUCGAAGUCUGACUGGAAAACCCAAACUUUUCAUUAUUCAGGCCUGCCGAGGCACAGACCUGGACUGCGGUAUUGAGACGGACAGUGGAGCUGAGGACGACAUGGCCUGUCAGAAAAUACCAGUUGAAGCGGACUUCCUGUAUGCCUAUUCCACGGCCCCUGGUUACUAUUCCUGGCGAAACUCAAAGGACGGAUCCUGGUUCAUCCAGUCACUCUGCACGAUGCUGAAACUGUAUGCUCACAAGCUUGAGUUUAUGCACAUUCUUACCCGAGUUAACCGAAAGGUAGCCACAGAAUUUGAGUCCUUUUCUCUUGACUCUGCUUUUCAUGGAAAGAAACAGAUUCCAUGUAUUGUGUCUAUGCUCACAAAAGAACUGUAUCUUUAUCACUAAAGAUGGAUGGUAUUUUUGGUUUUUUUUGUUGUUUGUUUUGGUUUUUUUUUAGUUCAUAUGUCAAGUGAGGAAAUGGUUUAACUGAUCCUGUAUUUUCCUCUUAUUUUAAUCUAAUCGAAUACUUCACAUGGUACUUUGGAACCUGCUACUUUCAUAGCAAUAAAACUAUGAGGCUACCUCACACUCAGAAUCAGGUAGUCGAAAUUGAAUUUAAUUAGGAAUAAAUAAAAAUGGAUAGUAGUACAAUGGUUGUGAGAGGAAAUGUUUCUAAAUCAACUGCCCUGAAAAUUAACAAGUUUCAGUGAUGCUGUUAUGAAUUUUUAAGUAAUCAUGGAAGAGGUUAAACGCUGUAAUUAUGAAUUUCAAUGAUCUUAACGUGCUCCUAUAUGAGAGUAUGUACUCUGAUUUUUGUCAAACCACAGACAUGCUAAUGAGGAAUAAUGUAUCCUAGAAUGUGGGGCUCCGCGGGCAGGGUCAAAGUCCUAAAGACCUACCUUGAUUUUAGAAUCAGGAUUUGGAGACAAGUCAACUGUAUUUUUUGGUCAUUUGUCUGAGAGCAUGGUUUUGUGAUGUUGGGCCCAAGCAUGUCUUUGUUGCAAAAAGUCAUGUUUAGUAUUGAAAAGGAAACUAAAUAUUUUGCCAGAGGAAUUGUGAGCAAAUCUCUUUGACUCUCGCGAGGAAUUUAGCUAAAUGCAACAUCAAGGCGGGGUAGGCAGAGUUAGAACUGCAAGGUGCAGAGAUGCAGCUAUCUGCCAACACCCAAAUCCUGUCCUUUGUGCCUGAACCAAAUCCGUUGAGCUUCACAUGCCAGCAAAAUGUGUGAAGAGAUGUUAUGUAAAAGCCUCACACUGUC